GUUCUUCUAAUCGAAGCUGGAGGUAGCGAGCAGCCCUACAUGGACAUCCCUGUGCUGGCCACGCUGCUGCAAUUCACGGACGCCAAUUGGAACUACCACACCGAACCACAAGAGGGUGGCUGCAGAGGCAUGAGAGGCGGGCGCUGCGCUUGGCCACGAGGUCGGGUGGUCGGAGGAUCGUCAGUUCUUCACUCCAUGAUGCACACAAGAGGCAACAAAAGGGACUACGACAGAUGGGCAGCCAAUGGGAAUCCAGGUUGGGACUUCAAUUCAGUUCUGAAAUAUUUCAAGAAAUCUGAGAACAUUCAAAUACCUAAAUUAGCGAAGAACAAGAAAUACCGUUCAACCAAAGGCGAAAUGACACUUCAGCAUCCAAACUGGCGAACGCCCUUAUCGGAGGCAUUCCUACAGGCCGGAAUUGAAACUGGUGGUAAAGUCGUAGAUUAUAACGCCGAAAAACAAAUUGGAUACUCAAUCAUUCAGUUUACAAUGAACAACGGCACAAGAAUGAGUGCAAAUAAAGCCUUCUUACACCCAAUAAACGGUCGCCGGAAUUUCCAUGUAGCCAAAAACGCGAUGGUGACGCGAAUUUUAAUAGAUCCAUGGUCGAAAAGAGCGUACGGUGUAAAAUUCACCAAGGAUGGUAAAAAAUAUUCCAUAAUGGCCAAACGUGAAGUCAUUUUAUCCGCAGGAGCUAUUAAUUCACCACAAAUAUUAAUGAUUAGUGGAAUUGGACCAAGAGAUCAUUUGACGCAACAUAACAUAACCACUAUAGUGGACUUGCCUGUUGGAUAUAAUCUUCAAGAUCAUUGGGCGUUAGGAGGACUGACUUUUGUUAUAAACACAACUGAUUCUAUUAGGUCUGAGAGAGUAGCGACUUUUGAUAAUAUAAUUGAAUAUUUUAGCCAUCACACUGGACCGCUAUCAGCUCCGAGCGGUACUGAGGCAAUAGCAUUUUUUGAUACAAAGAAUCCGCAUGAUGACGAUGGAUAUCCUGAUUUAGAAUUGCUUUUUGUUGGAGGUUCCUUAGUAUCUCAACCGACAUACAAAGAAGCUUUUGCAAUUGAUAAUCGGGUUUACGAACAAGUUUAUGGUCCUAUUCAAGCAUCGGACACGUGGAUGGUAUUUCCCAUGUUAUUAUUACCACAAUCGAGAGGUCGAAUAAUGUUGAGAGACAAGAACCCGUACAAAAAACCGAUAAUUUAUGCAAAUUACUUCUCCGAUGGCGGACACGAUCAGAAAGUGAUACUGAAGGGAAUAAGAAAAGCUAUAGAGCUGUCGAAAACAAAAGCAUUCCAAAAGUACAACAGUAGAUUGCAUGACAUACCAUUACCGAAUUGUGCUCGUCACAGAUUCAAUUCUGACGAUUAUUGGUACUGCGCUAUGAGGACCAUCACGAAUACUAUUUAUCAUCAUUGUUGUACAAAUAAAAUGGGUCCGAGAGAUGAUCCAGAGGCUGUGGUAGAUCCUCGACUAAGAGUUUAUGGUGUGCGAGGUCUAAGAGUCGUGGAUGCUAGUAUAAUGCCGCAUGUUCCUGCAGCCCAUACGAAUGCUCCAACUAUGAUGGUCGCAGAGAAGGCAGCUGACAUGAUCAAAGAAGACUGGGGCGUGCCAAUAACCUAUAGAUAAUUUUAAUUAAGAGAAAUGACAAUUACCCAGUAUUUUUAGUACUUGACUGUAUUUUCUAUUAAGUAAAAUUUUUCUGUAUAACUCAUGUAUGGGCUAGGGACAGCUAAACUGGACUCUUUUGUUAACGCUACGAUGUCAGAGCUCUGCCAUAACGAAGUUUCAAUUUCAAUUAAUUGAAAUUAGGUUUCGUAUUUACGUAAUAUUAUCUCAGAUUAUCACAAAAUUAUGAAUUUAAUCAGAUUUUCAUUCUUCAAAUUCAUUAGGUAUA